GUUUGACGAAAGACUGGGAGGAACCGUGGAGUUUGGAAUCACCUGAUACUAGCUAGAUACCGUUCUAUUCUGGACGGAGCUGAUAACGCCAGAUAAGGCGGAGAUUAUUAUUAGGAGAAAUAGAUUACCACUCUGAGGCGUGAUGGCAUUGUCAGCGACCCUGAUGCUCCGUCAGCUGUAUGAUUGGUGGAUGAACACUGCCUAUCUUGACUAUCGAUGGCCAGUUGUUGUUUGGUCCUCUCCAGGUUUAGUCUUCCCAUUACAAGAGUUUAAAACACUUGAGGAUCAGCUUAGCUUUGCAGCAAAGAUGAUUGUUGGAGCCUUAGAUUAUAAGAAAAUGGUCGAUGAGAAAACUGUUCCAGUGGAAUAUAUGGGCAAAGAUCAGUUAGAUAUGUCACAGUACUUUAACAUACUGGGAACCUGUCGCAUUCCUGGAGUGACAAGGGAUUCCAUUAAGUUUUUUGGAAAGGAACUCAACCCUCCAAAGCAUAUUGUUAUUGCUCACAAUAACCAUUUUUUCAAAAUCAAUGUAUAUGGGGAUAAUGGAGAGACACUAACUGUUCGCCAGUUGCUUCAUCAGUUGCGGAAUGUAGUUGAACGCUCCACUCACCCGGCAACCCCAGUUGGUCUUCUUACUACUCAGAAUCGCAAUGUAUGGGGAAAAGCUUAUAAGAAAAUUAGGAAAGAUAAGAUGAACAGAGCAUCAGUUGAUGAGAUACAGCAGUGCAUCUUUUUGCUAGCAUUAGAUGGGCCGAUUGUUAAUCCUACAGGGAAUAUUAUGACUGAUGCUGCUCUGAACUGUGUACAUGGCAAUGGUCCAGAAGGCUAUGCUGGCAAUAGGUGGUAUGACAAGACUUUGCAGUUCAUUGUUGGUAAAAAAGGCGCAGUUGGUCUUACGUACGAGCACACUCCAGCAGAAGGGCCGCCUAUUGCAAACUUGAUGGACCACAUCAUGGAUUAUAUAACUUCUGGCAAAGGUGGUUUAGAAGCUGAAAGUAAACGAGAGCCUCACACACCUGUCAUGGAGCUUCCUCGCCCGCAACGACUCAUGUUUAAUAUUACACCAGAGAUUAAGCAAGAAAUUGAGGAUGCCAAAGUAUCAUUACAGAGCUUGGUAGAUGAUCUUGAGAUGACAUGCUUCAACUUCACCGGAUUUGGCAAGAAUUUUAUAAAAUCACAAAAAUUAAGUCCGGACAGCUUCCUGCAGAUGGCCAUUCAGCUAGCAUUUUACAGGUAUGCCAUCAAUUAUUUCUUAUGUCAGAGUAGUUAACGUAAAUGAGAGUUC